AUGGUUAAAACUCCUAUUAAAGUAAUUGUUCGUACAAGACCAACAGUAGAAUUUGCUUUUAAAAAUAUCAAUAUCAAUGAAAAUACAGGACACAUUGCUAUUAAUAUACCAAAGUCUGCUGAUCAAGGUAAUAAUGUUAAUUUAAUAUUUGAAAGGAUUUGUUAAUCAUUAAUAAGAAGAUUGGGGAUUCACUUUUGAUAAAGUUCUAUAAAAUGCAAGUCAAGAGGUUGUUUUUGACAUAUGUGGCAAAGAAUUAAUACAUAGUGCUCUAGGUGGAUAUUCUGGAACUAUAAUGGCAUAUGGAUAAACAGGUGCUGGUAAAACAUUCACUAUGAUGGGAUCUUAAAUUGAUUAUAAAUAUCGAGGAAUGAUGCCUAGAUGCAUCAGUUUAUUAUUUCAAGAGAUAGAAGCUAGAUAUGAAUAAUAAAUUACAGUAGGAGUUUCAUAUUUAGAAAUUUAUAAUGAAAUGAUGUAUGAUUUAUUGGCAGGAGGAGAUUAAAAGUAAAUCUAAUAAUCUAUUAUUUUAGCACUGGUUUAGCUAUUUAAGAAGACAAUAAUGGUUAUGUAUAAGUCAAAGGAUUGACUAUUAAAAGAUGUUAAACUGAAGAAGAUGCUAUUGCUUAAUUAUUUGAAGGUGAAACUAAUAGAACCAUUAGUGAACAUAAACUUAAUAAAGCAUCAUCUAGAUCUCAUUGUGUUUUUACUGUUCAUCUUGAAAUUAGAUCUAGAGUUGAAUCUGCUGAAAAAGUUAUUAUUAGUAAAUUAAAUCUUGUUGAUUUGGCUGGAUCUGAAAGAACUAAAAAAACUGGAUCAGAAGGAAGAACAUUAUUAGAGGCCUAAUUUAUUAAUAAAUCACUAUCAUUUUUAGAAUAAGUAGUUGUAGCAUUAUCUGAAAAACAAAGAGAUCAUAUACCAUAUAGACAGAGUAAAUUGACAAAUCUUCUAAAGGAUUCAAUAGGAGGGAACAGUAAAACUGUAAUGAUAGCAAAUAUUUGGCCAGAAAAACAUCAAUUAGAAGAAACUAUUUCAACUUUGAAAUUUGCAUAGAGAAUGAUGAAAGUUACUAAUGAAUCAUCGAUUAGAGUUAAUUUAGAUCCUUAAGUUUUAAUAAAGAAAUAUGAGAAAGAAAUAAAAGAUUUAAGAUAAGAAUUAGCAAUGCAUGAUACAUUGGCUAAUAGAGGGAGAAUAUAAUAUGAACCAUAUACUCCUGAACAAUAAUAUAAAUAAUAAUAGAUUGCUUAAUAAUUUUUAAAUGGUGAACUUGAAGAUAUUGAUAUAGAUUCUUUGAGACAAGUUAAAGAAUUGUUUUUUUAGUUUAGAAAUUUAUAUAGAAAUUUAGUGAAAGAUUUAGAAAAUAAAAAUUAUAUUCCAAGAACAGAAAAGGAACCUGAUGUAUCAAAGAAAAAGAGCGAUUAGGUUAAACCAGUUGAUAGUGUGGGAAUGGAAGAAAAUAAAUAUGGAUUUGGUUUAGGUAAAGCAAGAAAAGAUGCUAAGCCUACAACAAAUAUUGAAAAUUUAGUGAAUAUUUAAAAAGAUGAAUUUAAAUAAGUAGAUGAUAAGGCAUAAUAAGAAAUAAGAAAGGAGAGUUAGAUUACAGAAGCAAAUAAGGAAUCUACUAUUGAAAAGAGAAUAGUUAAUGUUGAUAAAUAAUAAGCAUUUGCUGAUUUUAAAAAUAAAGAAGGUUCUUCAAUUAAUUAAUAAAUAUUAGAAAAUAUUGUAAAAUUUUAAUUUAUUAUUUUAUAGAAUCAAUUAAAAGAAAAGAAAGAUAAUAUAGCAUCUUAAUCUAAAGUAUCAAUUUAGCUGAAAAGUUAGAUUGAAAUAAAGAAGUCGCUUAUUGCAUAGAAGCAAAUGAAUAAAAAUUAAGAGGUAGAAAUAAAUAAGUAAUUUAGGAAAUUGCUUAAGGAAUCAUUGAUGAGGAUGAAUAUAAUACUUUGAAGGAAUUAAAAGAAUUAAAAAAAUAAUUGAAAUAGAAUUAAGAAAAUAUUAGAUAAUUAAAAUCUGAGAUUAUUGUAAUAGAUUAAAGCAUCAUUUAAGUAUGAAUUUUUCAUUUUAUAUAUUAGUCAAAAGCAACAUUGGUUUAAAAGUUUGAAGAACAUUUCCUAAAGAAAUAUGGAUUAACAUUAUAAGAUAUUAAUAAUCCACUUGUGAAUUAAAAGGAAGAAGAAUAUUCAAUUAAUGAUCCUUCAGAAUAAGAUGAUGUUGAUUAAGAUGCUUUAGCUUAUAUAAGAGCAAAGAACAAGGUUACCUAAUUACAAAAAGCAAGAAAAUAAGAAAAGAUGCACAAAUGAUAUAAUAAAUCCU